ACCGGAAGUCGAGGCCGGGUGCUGGCGAGGGACACACCGAGUCGCCGGUUGUUCGGCAUCGCUGCGCUCGCUCCUCCCUUUCCGGGAUGUCGGCGAAGAGAAAAGCCGAGGCCAUGAUCCCGGCCGAGGAGAGCGACCAGCUGCUGAUCCGGCCCCUAGGUGCUGGACAAGAAGUAGGAAGAUCAUGCAUUAUUCUGGAGUUUAAAGGAAGAAAAAUAAUGCUUGAUUGUGGAAUUCACCCUGGCCUAGAAGGAAUGGAUGCCCUACCUUACAUUGACUUGAUAGAUCCUGCUGAGAUUGAUCUCCUCUUAAUCAGUCAUUUCCAUUUGGAUCACUGUGGGGCUUUACCAUGGUUUCUGCAGAAGACCAGUUUCAAAGGAAGAACAUUUAUGACUCAUGCUACAAAAGCUAUUUACAGGUGGCUUCUUUCAGAUUACGUCAAGGUUAGCAAUAUUUCAGCAGAUGACAUGCUGUACACGGAGACAGAUCUGGAAGAAAGCAUGGACAAAAUUGAAACCAUCAACUUUCAUGAAGUAAAAGAGGUGGCAGGAAUCAAGUUCUGGUGUUACCAUGCGGGCCACGUCCUGGGAGCAGCCAUGUUUAUGAUUGAAAUAGCUGGUGUGAAGCUUUUAUAUACAGGUGAUUUCUCAAGACAGGAAGACAGACACUUGAUGGCAGCUGAGAUUCCUAAUAUUAAACCUGAUAUUCUUAUCAUUGAAUCCACCUAUGGUACCCAUAUUCAUGAAAAAAGGGAAGAGCGAGAAGCAAGAUUCUGUAACACUGUUCAUGAUAUUGUAAACAGAGGAGGUAGAGGUCUUAUUCCUGUCUUUGCCUUGGGUCGUGCUCAAGAGCUGCUUUUGAUCUUAGAUGAAUACUGGCAGAAUCACCCUGAACUCCAUGACAUCCCAAUAUACUAUGCCUCCUCUUUGGCAAAGAAAUGCAUGGCAGUGUAUCAGACAUAUGUAAAUGCUAUGAAUGACAAGAUCCGCAAGCAAAUCAACAUCAACAAUCCAUUUGUUUUUAAACACAUUAGUAAUCUGAAGAGUAUGGAUCACUUUGAUGACAUUGGCCCCAGUGUUGUUAUGGCUUCCCCAGGUAUGAUGCAGAGUGGCUUAUCCAGAGAAUUGUUUGAGAGCUGGUGUACUGAUAAGAGAAAUGGAGUAAUAAUAGCAGGGUACUGUGUUGAAGGAACACUUGCCAAGCACAUAAUGUCUGAACCUGAAGAGAUCACAACUAUGUCAGGGCAGAAGCUCCCACUGAAGAUGUCUGUAGACUACAUUUCUUUCUCUGCUCACACGGAUUACCAACAAACCAGCGAGUUUAUCAGGGCACUGAAACCUCCGCAUGUGAUUUUAGUGCAUGGUGAGCAGAAUGAAAUGGCCAGAUUGAAAGCAGCACUGAUACGAGAAUAUGAGGAUAACGAUGAAGUUCACAUAGAAGUUCACAAUCCUAGGAAUACUGAGGCUGUGACAUUAAACUUCAGAGGAGAAAAACUUGCCAAGGUGAUGGGGUUUUUAGCAGAUAAAAAGCCAGAGCAAGGACAGCGCGUUUCAGGGAUCCUGGUUAAAAGAAACUUUAACUAUCACAUCCUUUCUCCAUGUGACCUCUCAAAUUACACUGAUUUGGCUAUGAGCACUGUAACACAGACACAAGCCAUUCCGUAUUCUGGCCCUUUCAAUCUGCUUUAUUACCAGCUACAGAAACUGACAGGUGAUGUAGAGGAAAUUGAAAUCCAGCAAAAGCCAGCCUUGAAGGUUUUCAGAAAUAUUACUGUGAUCCAGGAACCUGGCAUGGUGGUACUUGAGUGGGUGGCAAAUCCUGCAAAUGAUAUGUAUGCAGACACUGUAACAACAGUGAUCCUGGAAGUUCAGUCAAAUCCCAAAAUACAGAAAGCUGCAGUGCAUAAGAUUUCCAAAAAAGUAGAUAUGGAUGUAUUUAGCAAAAGGAUGGAGAUCAUGCUUCAGGACAUGUUUGGCGAGGACUGUGUUAGUGCAAAAGAUGGCUCUGUUCUAAGUGUCACAGUGGAUGGAAAGACUGCAAAUAUUUCAUUGGACACACGGACUGCUGAAUGUGAGCCAGGAAAUGAAGAUGAUGAAUCCCUUCGGGAAAUGGUGGAGUUGGCUGCACAGAGACUCUAUGAUGCCCUCAGCCCAGUCCGCUGACCUGACUGACCAGUAUAUAUAUAGGAAACACAAGAACAAUCUUUUUAAUACUUGAUUCAUUUUCGCCAUUUUCAUAAAAAAAUAAAUAAAACUUGCCUUUAGCAAGCCAUAUGUACUUAUUUCCUGACCACAAAACUGCUUAGUUCUCAUUACAAAUAACAGAUGGGCAAUCUGUUAUAGCAACUCAAUUUUGUGUAAUGUACAUAAUGAGUUAAUAUAUGUACAUAUGAACCCAUUAAUGGGACAUAUGCACAUAAGAGGAGAAAUUUCUUACCCUGAGAUGAUGUAGUAGAUAACCUAAAAUGAUGAUAAAAAAUAAAUGGGGGAGGAAUCUUA